UUCCCUGAGAGUCUGAGGACGAGAGGGGAGCCCGGCCUCGCGCUCCGCGUUUCCCUCGCUGACUGCCUCGGAUAUUCCUCCUAGGCCUAGCACCCGCUGCCCUCGAGGCUGACUCCGCUCGCCCCCGCCCCCUCCUCCUCCCCGAUGCCAAAGGGCCCGCGGGGACUGACAGGGCGGGAGCCCGGCGCUGCGCUGUGGGCAAGCCUGCUCCUUCCCUUCCCCCUUCUCCUAGCAGCAACGUCACCGCAGCACCAGCGGCGGUGGCAGCAGCAAGGAUACUGGGGCUGGGAUUGCGCAGCCUCCCUGCAUUAGCAACGAUGCCAUUGUAUUAGCAGAAAUCAGACCCAGGAAAUCGGCCCCGUGGCCCCUGUGUGGUCCUGUGGGCCCGUGCCUCGGCUGCAGCUGGCAAGGUAGAGCUUGGUUGGAGUGCAAAAGGAACAGAAGCCUCGGGGUACAGCGCCAGGCUCCCGACUGAGGUGCCAAGCUCUCCUGAUGAAAUGUGUUCUGCCCCACUGGGCUCUGGGGGCAGUGUCUGGUGCUGUUGAUGCCCUUGUUCGAACUUUCCAGAAUGGAUAGUCCUCCAAAGCUGACUGGAGAGACCCUCAUCGUCCACCACAUCCCCUUGGUGCACUGUCAAGUCCCAGACAGGCAGUGCUGUGGGGGGGCAAGUGGAAGUGGUGGGGGCACAAGACCCAACCCCUUCUGCCCACCCGAGCUGGGCAUCGCCCAGGCUGAUCAAGACCUCGGACAAGCCGACUCCCUGCUGUACAGCAGUCUUCACUCUGCUCCCGGGGGAUCUGCACGGUCUGCAGACUGCACCAAGAGUAGGGGUCGGGAUGGAAGAGGCCCCGGGGCCCCUAAGCGACAUAAUCCCUUCUUAUUGCAGGAGGGUGUGGCUGAGCCAGGACUCAGUGACCUAUAUGACGACAGCAUUGGCAGUAGUGCCACCCAGCAGUCCUUCCACCUGCACGGAACUGGCCAGCCCACCUUCCAUCUCUCCUCUUUCCAGUUGCCACCACCUGGCCCCAGAGUGGGCAGACCGUGGGGGGCGACACGUUGCCGGGCUGGCGUGGUAGAGGGGCAGGAGCAGGAGCCGGUGACCACCUUGGAUGCCCAGCAAUGCAGCACCGGCCACUGUUGCCGGCCAGAGCCGGAAACAGAGACCAUGGAGCUGGAUGAGUGUGGGGGUCCCGGGGGCAGCGGCAGUGGGGGUGGAGCCAGUGAUACCUCUGGCUUUUCCUUUGACCAGGAAUGGAAGCUCAGCUCAGAUGAGUCCCCAAGGAACCCCAGGUGCUCAGGCUCGGGACCCCAGCACUGCCGCUGCAGUAGCACAUCUAGCCAGUCUGAAGCGGCUGACCAGUCCAUGGGCUAUGUGAGUGACUCAUCCUGCAACAGCUCAGACGGUGUGCUGGUCACCUUCAGCACCCUCUACAACAAGAUGCAUGGCAAUCCCCGUGCCAAUCUCAACUCUGCCCCGCAGUCUUGCAGCGACUCUUCCUUCUGCAGCCACUCAGACCCCGGCGCCUUCUACCUGGACCUGCAGCCCUCCCCUACCGAGUCCAAGAUGUCUUGUGAGUCCCAUCACCCUGACAGUGGAGGAAGGGAAGGGGGCUAUGGCUGUCCUCAUGCCUCAUCUCCUGAGCUUGAUGCCAACUGCAACUCCUACCGCCCACACUGUGAGCCCUGCCCGGCAGUGGCUGACCUCACAGCCUGCUUCCAGAGCCAGGCCCGCCUUGUUGUGGCCACACAGAAUUACUAUAAACUUGUCACCUGUGACCUGUCCUCCCAAUCAUCCCCGAGCCCAGCUGGCUCUUCCAUCACCAGCUGCUCUGAGGAACACACCAAGUUAAGUCCCACACCAGGCCCCAGCGCAGACACAGGCCCUGGUACAGACACAGGCCCCGGGCCCGGCCAGCCCUCUGAGUAUUACCUGUUCCAGAAGCCACAAGUCCAGCCGGAGAAGCAAGAAGCAGUGGGGUCCUCAGUGGAAGCAGCUGUACCUGUGAGCCCUACCGUGAUUGAGGGGCAAGUCUACACUAAUACUUCACCCCCCAACCUUAGCACCGGACGUCAGCGUUCCCGAAGCUAUGACCGCAGCCUUGAGCGAAGCCCCCCAGCACGCCUGGGCUCACUGGAACGCAUGUUGAGUUGCCCAGUGCGCCUGAGUGAGGGCCCCGCAGCCCUGGCUGGGCCAAGCUCCCCACCCAGGAGGGUCACCUCCUUUGCUGAGCUUGCCAAGGGCCGGAAGAAAGCUGCAGGCUCUGGCUCGCCCCCACUUCGAGUGAGUGUUGGGGACUCGUCCCAGGAGUUCUCACCCAUCCAGGAAGCCCAGCAAGAUAAGGUGGGCACGCUGGAUGCGGGCACUCGCUGUAGCCAUAGCCUACCACCCAUGCCCCUGGGGCCAGGCAUGGACCUAGUGGGCCCAGAGUCCUGGUCUACCCAGGUCUGUCAGAGCCCCCAGUCCAGUGAGAUGCCACCUUCUGGCGUCAGAGCUGCUGGACACCAUGCCCAGCUGAUGGAUCCGGGGCCUGCUCUCCCAGGGAGCCCAGCCAACAGCCAUACCCAGCGGGAUGCAAGAGCUAGAGCUGACGGGGGUGGUGCCGAGAGCCGGCCAGUCCUUCGCUACAGCAAGGAGCAGAGACCAACCACGCUGCCCAUCCAGCCCUUCGUGUUCCAGCACCACUUCCCCAAGCAGCUGAGCAAGGCUCGCGCCCUCCACAGCCUUUCCCAGCUCUACACCCUCUCGGGCUGCGGCCGUGCACAGCAGCCUGCCUCCUUGGCUACUCAAGUCGCAGCCCCAGCUCCUUCAGGGGAAUCAGUGGUAUCCGCCAGCAGAGGUGCCAAGAAAGCCGGGCCAGAGCCAGAAACCUCACGGCCAUCACCCCUGGGCAGCUACUCCCCAAUCCGGAGUGCUGGCCCCUUUGGGCCCAGCACCGACUCUUCAGCCUCCACUUCCUGCUCCCCUCCCCCAGAGCAGGCCACAGCCACAAAAAGCUCACCCCCAUGGAACCACUCCUGUCCUGCUGUCCGAACUGCCACCUCCCAGCAGCCACAGAAAGAGGAUCAGAAGAUAGUGACCUUGGCUGAAUACCGACUCCAUGGCACAGGCAGCUUGCCCCCUCUGGGCUCCUGGAGAUCUAACCUCAGCCGAGCCGAGAGCCUGGUCCGGGGAGGCGGUGAGGGCAGCAUGGCCUCCAGACCCAGUAAUGCUAACCACCUAUCCCCUCAAGCACUCAAAUGGCGGGAAUACAGGAGGAAGAACCCACUGGGGCCGCCUGGUUUGUCGGGGAGCCUAGACCGAAGGCCGCAGGAAGCUCGGCUGGCCCGAAGGAACCCCAUCUUUGAGUUCCCUGGCUCCCUCAGUGCUGCUGGCCAUCUGAACUGCCGACUCAACGGUCAAGCAGUGAAGCCAUUACCGCUGACCUGUCCCGACUUUCAGGACCCCUUUUCUCUGACUGAGAAGCCUCCAGCUGAGUUUUGCCUGUCCCCAGACGGCAGCUCAGAAGCCAUAUCCAUCGACCUGCUUCAGAAAAAAGGCCUGGUAAAAGCUGUUAACACCGCUGUGGACCUCAUAGUGGCCCAUUUUGGCACAAGCCGGGAUCCUGGGGUGAAAGCGAAACUGGGCAACAGUUCUGUGAGCCCCAACGUUGGCCACCUGGUUCUGAAGUACCUGUGCCCUGCGGUCCAGGCUGUGCUGGAGGAUGGGCUUAAGGCCUUUGUACUCGAUGUCAUCAUCGGGCAGAGGAAGAACAUGCCAUGGAGUGUGGUUGAGGCUUCCACACAGUUAGGUCCAUCCACCAAGGUCCUGCAUGGCCUCUACAACAAAGUCAGCCAGUUCCCAGAGCUCACCAGUCACACCAUGCGUUUCAAUGCCUUCAUCCUCGGCCUGCUCAACAUCCGGUCCCUGGAAUUCUGGUUUAAUCACCUCUAUAACCAUGAAGAUAUUAUCCAGACCCACUACCAGCCGUGGGGCUUCCUGAGUGCGGCACACACCGUGUGCCCUGGCCUCUUCGAGGAGCUGCUGCUGCUGCUCCAGCCCCUGGCCCUGCUGCCCUUCAGCCUCGACCUGCUGUUCCAGCACCGGCUGCUGCAGAGCGGGCAGCAGCAGCGGCAGCAUAAGGAACUGCUGCGGGUGUCCCAGGACCUGCUGCUCUCUGCCCACUCGACGCUCCAGUUGACCCGGGCUCGGUGCCAGGAGGGCCCUGGAGACAUGGACAGGGCAGCCCAUGGGGAGCGAGUGAAGGGUGUGGGUGCCCCAGAAGGUGGAGAAGAUGAGGAGGAAGAGGAGGAGACGGAAGAGGUGGCAGAGGCUGCGGGGGCUGCAGGACGUGGCCGCUGGGCCCGAGGUGGGCAGGCCGGCUGGUGGUACCAGCUCAUGCAGAGCUCCCAGGUCUAUAUCGACGGCUCCACGGAGGGGUCUCGGUUCCCUCGUGGUGGCAGCAAUAGCAGCUGUGGCAGCAGCAGUGAGAAGAAAAAGGGGGCAGGAGGUGGGGGACCACCUCCCCGAGAGGGCGUAGUGGAGGGAGCUGAAGCCUGCCCUGCCCCUGAGGAGACACUUGGCCGGGACAGGGGCUGGCCUUUCUGGAUGGGGAGCCCCCCUGACUCUGUGCUGGCUGAACUGAGGCGCAGUCGAGAAAGAGAGGGGCCAACUGCUCCCCCAGCAGAAAAUGAAGAAGGAGCCCCAGAGCCCUCACCUGGCGGCAUCAAGUGGGGACACCUCUUUGGGUCCCGGAAGACGCAACGGGAAGCCCGACCCACCAACAGGCUACCCUCGGACUGGCUGAGCCUGGACAAGUCCAUGUUCCAACGAGUGGCACAGACAGUGGGUGCCCGCCGGGAGCCAGAGCCCAGGGAGAGCCUGCAGGAGCCCCCCUCGCCAGGCCUGCCCUCCAAACCUCCGUGCGAGGUGAAGGCACUCUGCCACCAUCUGGCCACAGGCCCCGGACAACUGAGCUUCCACAAGGGAGAUAUCCUACGGGUGCUGGGGCCCGCGGGAGGAGACUGGCUGCGCUGCAGCCGCGGCACUGACACUGGCCUGGUGCCUCUGGCCUAUGUGACCUUGACCCCAACUCCAAGUUCAACCCCUGGAAGCAGCCAAAAUUGAGGCCUUGUGCAUGCUGGUGGCCUCAGGGACCCUCGUUACCCCCCUCCACUCCCACCCCCAGACUCAGCCCGAGAGCCCUUGCAAGCCCUCCGGCUUGGCUACAGAAAACAGACCGAGAUCUGGGGGCCACAUAUCCCUGUGCUCAGUAUUAAUUACUCCCCCCCUUAACUGCCCCAGUGACCUCAUCCAGACCUCCACCCAGGAAAGGAGGGAGGGGACACAGCACUGGGCUGCCAGGAUCCCCCUGACCUGUGUGGGCCAGCGUUUCCAUGGGUACAGACAAGCGUGUCCCUGUGGAGUGAGGUGACCAGAGGCCCAUGUGCAGGGUUCCCUCGGCCAGAUGGUGAGAAGGAUGGGUGGCAGUGCUGGGGCCCAGGCUCCUAAGCCCCAGCUGUAAAUAGGCUGCGACCAGUGUCUGGUGGUCAGAAGAGGGACGAGGCGCCCAGGCUUCUGUUUAUGUAUUUAUUUAUUUAUUUAUUACACCUAUUAAUAAAAAAGGUGCUUGGCCUCCAA